AUGGGUCGUACCGUCGACCAGGAGGUGCACGCGGCGUUCGUCGAGUUCCGCGCCAAGGAAGAUGAUAAGUGUCUCUCCGUCCAGUGUAUCUACUGCCAGCAGAUCCGUGCAAAGAAUACCUCGCGACAGAAGCAACAUCUUCUCGAGUGCCCUGGCCUACGUGGUCACCCCAACGCGCCCCAGCCUACUCAGCCCACCCAGGCCCCGAAUGGCAUCGGCCCUACCAACGGAUACCCCGGCACCCCUAAUGGGCCGUCGGCGACAGCGCCGGGCCCUGGUGGUCCCACGGCCAUGGCGACCCCCAAUGGCGCCCUGAUGGCCAACGGCGUCAAUCCCCAUGCCACCCCAUUGCAGACCCCGUUGCAAACCCUGCAGAACCGUCCACCCAUGGCGACCCCGGGCCCGCCAACUGGCCCUCCGGGCUCCGCGCCGCCAUCGGCCGCGCCGUCGCGUCCGACCCCCAAGCCCAAAGCUAAGAGCAGCACCUCGAAUCUCCCCGCGCCACCGCUGGACGAUGUGCACGCGGCUUUUGUCGAGUUCCGCGCCAAGGAGGAGGACAAGUGUCUGUCCGUGCAGUGCAUCUACUGCCAACAAGUCCGCGCUAAAAACACCAGUCGCCAGCGCCAGCACCUACUCGAGUGCCCCACAUAUCUCAGUGUCAUGAAGGACUCGAUCCCCGCGAACAAUCUGCUGCACACUUUCCCCGAGGGCGAUGUUGCGCGAUCAUUGCAAAUUCCUGCCCCAACGCUAGAGCUGGACUUCCGCAUGAGCAUUAAGAUGAACCCCAAGGUUACUGUUGGUCAGAGCAUCUGGGGCGGUCGGGAAUGGGUUUCGUUCCUUGGUGGUCAGUGGGCCGGUCGCUGGGGUAAGGGAAUUGUUCUGCCCGGUGGCCAGGACACCCAGAUCGUGACCAAGGACUCGACUACCAACUUGCGCGCGAGCUACAUGCUGCAGACUGCUGAUGAGCCCCCCGCAUAUGUCAUUGUCCGUGCAGAGGGGUGGCUUACCGGGGCCAAGGAUGUUCUCGAGAAAGUCAAUGAUCCUGCUAUGGCCGAUGGUAUCAACCCCAGCAGCUACAAAUACCGCAUCAACCUAUCCAUGGAAACUGGUGAUGAGCGGUAUACAUUCUUGAAUACCCUCAUGUGGAUUGGCAGUGGAUGCCGUCGCGGGCAAGAAGUCAUCUUCGAUGCAUUCCGUGUCAACUAA